AUGUUACGCUUGAAACCAUCAGAGCUUACCUUGACGCCCGAGGAUGUCGAUGAGACUCUUCGCCGCAUGGCACGUCGGCAGCAGUCCAGACCUCCAGCAGCCCCAGGACAACGACAUUUGAGGGCCAGUACAUGUUCUCUUGCACCCAGAGUUAAGCCUGGUGCGCAACGGUCGAUGAGAGAUGCCAUCACCGACCUCGGCAACAUACCAAUACUAAGACCUCAACCUCAACAGGCCAUCAUUGCACACGUUGACGAUGAGUCCGAGGAUUCUGAUGAGACACUGGCCGAAUCAGCGCAACGUGUUGAAAGCUCGCCAGAUCCUAUCACCAUGCCGACGCAACCCCUUCAGCUCGCGUCUACUUCAUCUGCAGCUGCGCCUCCAGCACGUCACAGCACUCGACUGGCUUUUCGGCUUGGACAUUCUCAUAGGCCAGGGACUGACCAAGAUCCAUUCUCGUCGCCAAAGGAGCAGUCCGAAGACUCCGAGGGCACUCUUGUUGAGCCAGCAGGUUGUCCAACGGAGACGACCAAUGUCGCUGGUCCAGCCACUCCUGGUUGCAGGACUGCAGCCGAGGAUUUUACUGCAGACUCUUCACCAACACGUCAGUCUGGCCCUUCCACUACUCCAGCAAGCCUGCGAGGUGGAGCCAGCCGUCCUCACAGAAACCGUGUUCAGUCUGUCGGUCAAGACGCACUUCACGCUCCAUCGCCGCUUCGUCAGACGCAGAUACCCAGCCCUACUCAUCAGCCAGAAGGUGGGCGGGCCAAUUCAGACAAGAAACAUCCGAUGAUUUACCUGCAGGGUUAUUUCGAAGAGAGGAAAGAUUCCAACGUUGAGGUUCUAAACGUUGAGGUUCUGGACGUUGAGGAUCUAGAUGUUGAGAGUUCGGACGCCGAAGAUAAGAAGGAUGAGUACACUUAUACGUUUCGACAGAUGGUCCCACGUGCCCCACAGACUGAGCCAUUCCGAAGGACCAGUCAACCCCGAUUCCAUAUGCGAAGUCAUUCUUCCAACGAUGCUCCGCCUUCUCGUCUCUUCACGCCGACAUCGAAGCCUCAGAGUACCUCAGCAGGCGAAGAUAUCUUUUGGACUGCUGCCGCACCCGCAACCGAGCGCCCCAACGACGGAAGGAUGAGUGAACGGCUAAGACAACAUAGCAGUGAGAUGUCCAACACGAGCCUAGCCUUCUCAUACUACGAGCUUCCUGAGAACCGACAAUCGAGUAGCGAGCAUUCAGCACAAGGUUCAGUUUCCCAGUCACAGUGGGAUGGGGCUUCAGCUUCAAGGCAGGCCAGUCGUGGCACUUAUCGCUCAGUCCGACUCUCAGAAGCGCAAGCUCUCGGUGACAGCGCGCAGAGCCCUCCAACGCCUAAUGUAUCGAGCUUUGCGACCCCAGUGCCAGCUAACCCCAACCAGUUUGGUACUUCUCCCCUGCCAGCAGAGCCCUACGCACGCCCACCCGGAGGCAGUAUGGGGGCCCGUCACCAAUCAACGGUCCGCCGCCGCAUCAGUCAGGAUAGCCUAGACCACAGAGUCCAUUCUAACGCUAUUGCGGCUGCAAUGGAGAAUCGUGUCUCGCCCUUGGAUGCGCUCACGGCUCAGUAUGGGCGGGCGUCGCAACGUCUCGGCGAUCAUCAAGGACAUCAUCAGCGACACAGCCAACCUGGAAGUGGAUAUUCAGUGUACAACAAUGCAGGUCUAGGAACAAACACAUAUGGUCUUCACCAGUUCGCAUACGCCCCACCAUCAGGCACGUUCGGUACGCCCCAAGGUGCAUUUGACCCACCCAUGGCCAUGGCCGAUGAUCCUUAUACGCGAGGAGCGUCUGCCCAUACAGGUCAACCGCACGGCUCCACUGCACGUCCUGUCUCCACCCAGCCUGCUCCUGCUGCCAAUUACGCCGGUCCACCAUAUCCAAGAAGUGCACAAGGAACACGAAGCAGCCAACGCUCUAGUGAGAAUGCUCAUGGUGUCUCUUCGGUUCAAGGGGGACGCACUGGCCGAACCUCGCAAGUGCAGGACCAAGUCUCAGCGUUCGAGCAGAUGCACAAUGCAGCUCAGCCCAGACAAACACGACAGCGACUUGAAAUACCCCAAGCCCCGCCAGCCCAACGCAACAAUGAGCUACCAAGCAGCCCCAUGCCGGCAGUGCCACCGAGAAUUCCGCCACGCCACGGCUCGCGCCAACAUACAGCGCUCUCUCCGGGUCUCGGCAAUGCCGGGCGGCGGUCUGUUCGUAUGGACCCACGCCUGCAGAAUCAAGAAAACUCAGGGGAAGCUGAGAUGGAGAUGAUGAGACAAGACUUCGAAUCAGCCAGGAUGCGGUACAAUGAGGAUCAGCAGGGUGACGUGAUGGAUGAGACGCCUCCAAGGAUUGGAAGGGUGGAGAGACACAUGUGA